AGUGUGACGCAUGAACUCGCCUCAACUUCAAAUAAUAACAACCAGAAGAAGAAGGGUAGUUUAUGUCCUGAACUAGCUAGCUAGCUAAAUUUGUGACUGCAGUGGAUUAAAGGAUAAACAGACAAGAAAUACAUCGCCGUCGCUGGGACAUUGAUAUGCCGAGAGUCGCUGGAACAUACGUGUCGUGUACUGGCCCGUCGGCCCGUCAGAAAGUUGACCGGCCUUAAAUUUGUUGGAUGAUUCGCCUGAAUUAGCAGCUGAAGGGCCUCGAGUCCACGGUGCUCGGGUGAACGACAAACCGGGGGAUAGCCACAACCUCACGGCGGUAGCAUUAAGCCGCAGACUGCUGGUUACCGAGGAUUCACUGCACCCGAACAUGUCACACUCCGGACCCCCUCCUCGGUGGCGGAACUGUCCCAGAAAGGGAUAUCCUGUGGCGGGUAAAUUCCUACCAAUGAAAACAAUGUUGGGCCCCAGAUACGAUGACCAAGUUGCAGAGGGGAACAGAUUUCAUCCGAGCAUGCUGUCCGACUUCUUAAAAAGUCUAAAAGUGAAAAUGGGUUUGCUUGUGGAUUUGACGAACACUACGCGCUUUUACGACCGCAACGACAUCGAGACAGAAGGCAUAACAUAUGUGAAACUACAGUGUAAAGGCCAUGGAGAAUGCCCUUCAAUAGACACCACUCAGAGUUUCAUCACACUCUGCGAAAGCUUCACAGAGAAGAAUCCAACAGAAUUGAUAGGUGUUCACUGCACACACGGCUUCAACAGGACAGGCUUUCUGAUAUGUGCGUACCUGGUGGAGAAGAUGGACUGGAGCAUCGAAGCAGCUGUGGCUGCUUUUGCCCAGGCCAGGACUCCAGGGAUCUACAAGGGAGACUACCUCAAAGAGCUUUUCCGUCGCUAUGGAGAAGAAGUGGACGCACCCCCGGCCCCUGCACUGCCCGAGUGGUGCUUUGACGACGUCAACGAUGGGGAAGUGGACGAUGACGGCAACGCGGUCGGCCAGGAAUCUGGCCCCAGCUCCUCUGGGUCGGGGCCUGGCAAACGAAAGAAAGAGAGGCUAAAACUGGGUGCAGUAUUCCUCGAAGGCAUUACGGUGAGGGGCGUCACACAGAUCACCACACAACCCAAACUAGGCGAGAUCCAAAGAAUGUGUCAGGAGAUGUCAGAGUGGGACAGAUCUGGUUUUCCCGGUGCUCAGCCUGUGUCCAUGGACAGACAAAACCUGCGUUUCCUGGAACAGAAUCCAUACAAAGUCAGCUGGAAAGCUGACGGCACACGGUACAUGAUGUUGAUCAAUGGAAAAAAUGAAGUGUUCAUGAUCGACAGAGACAACACAGUGUUCCACAUAGCAAACCUAGAGUUUCCAUUCCGGAAGGAUCCACGCGUCCACUUAUCAAAUACUCUAUUGGAUGGGGAGAUGAUCAUCGACAAGGUGAACGGUCAGCCCGUCCCCCGCUAUUUGAUAUACGACAUCAUCAAAUUCAAUGGGCAGCCUGUUGGCCAGUGUGAUUUCAACAUUCGUCUGCUAUGCAUAGAAAAGGAGAUAAUCUCUCCCCGGAUGGAAAAGAUGAAGACCGGACAGAUCGACAAAACCAAGGAACCUUUCAGUGUCCGGAAUAAGCCCUUCUUUGACAUCCAUGCAUCAAGAAAGGUGAGGUGA